AUGCAUACGUUAUCCUUAUUUAGAAACUUCUCCUUGCGAGGAGGUGGUUGUGCCGUUUCAAAAUCCAAUGCAAUUUAAUCAUCAAAUUAAAUCACAAACCAUACUGAUGUCUAUGAUUUCUUUUCGUAAUUCAAUUAAUAUGUCAACAUAAUAUGUUCUAAAGCUAGUAUAGCUGCUAAUUAAUCUGAAUCAGAUGAAAUAAUGAUUGCCAUUUAAUGGUUUAGUUUUUAAGAUGAAAAAAUUUAUUUUCUCAAUAAAAGUCCUUAAAGUGUGUAGAAAUCAUAUGAUUUAAUUUUAGAUGGAAUCCGAAACUUAUUGAAAAGCUGUUUGAUAUAUUUAAAAACAGAUACUUUUAAAUGUUUGUAUAUAUUAUAGAUUACUGCAUCCCUAUCUAAAGUAAUCUUUAGUUUUCAUUUAAUGAAUGAGGAUAGAUUUAUAAAGCAUGAAACUUAAAAUGAAUUCUUAGAAAUUGCUGAUGAAUUAAAGGAAUAAUUUGAAAUAGAAAAGAAUGACUUAAUCUAAAAUUAAUUGGAUCUUUUUCUUUUUUUAACAAAAACAUCUUUCGAAAUAGCUCCUAAUAAUGCAAACGAAUAAGAAGAAAUUUUAAAAGGAUGCUUAAAAGGUAUAGUAAGUUCUAUUUAAUCAAUGAGUCCAGAUACAGACUUACUUGAAUCAUUAUUUCAAGGUGCCUGUCAUCUUUACAAAAUGUAUAAUUUAAAUUAGAAAAGAAAAUAAUAUGAGGUUUAUUAUUAAAUAGAUAUGUUUUAAUGGGAGCUUAUAAAUUAUUUUAAAAAAGACAAGCAUACAAACUUUGAAGAGAUUAUUUCAUAAAUAGAGACUAUAUAUGAUACAUUAGUAAAAGGAUCAAAUAAUUGGAUUGAUCAUUAUUGUUGGAUUUAUAAUAUAGGAAAGAUAUUAAUGUAUAAUCCUUAAUUAAAUAAAAAAAAAAUAAAUUAGGUGAAAGAAUCUUUAAAUUUAGAAGCAGUAUAAGUAAAUAUGAUUUGGAAAGAAUGUCAUAAGAAAGGGAUUCUCAUUCAUUCUAACCAUAAUCAGAACGAAGCUAUCAUUUUACUCAAUUAAUUUAAAAAUAAGAAAUUAAUUUAAACUGAUAGAUUAAUAUUGGAAGGUUGUUUCUAAGGAUGGGAAAAUUUUAUUUAACUUAAAGAAUAUUUAAUGGACGAUGAAUAUUCUAAUUAAUUUUACACACUUGGAUCUUAUCUGAAAUUUAGACUAAAUAUAGCAGAUGAAAAUGUCAAUAACACUGAAGAAAUUUUGUUAUUAAAUUAAAUCUAGAAUGUGUUUAGUUUUCUAUUGCCAAAUCAAUUAUUAAAUUUGAUUAAAAAAAAUGAUGAAAAACUUAGAAUAGUGAUUAUAAACUUGAAAAACUUUAUGAAAAAUACGAAAGUUAGGUUAGCUCAAACCACAAAUAAAUAAUAGAUAUAAAAGAUCAUCAGUAAUUUAGUAGAAUAUUUUCAAAAUAUUUUAUAUAUUAUUAAGAUAAUCAAUCUUAAUUAAAAUGAAAUUUAUUGUCAGAUUGAAUAAACACAAGAAUAAUAAACAUAAAAUUAUAAUAAUAUCUAAAUGCUUAAAUAAUUAUUAAGAUAUUUGGAAUAAAUAUUAUAAUUAUUAAUCGAAGAGUUUAAAGAAAAGUCGAAUGAUUAAAAAAAUGAGUAAUAAAAACAAAAUGAAGAUAUUUAAUUACUUAAAGAAUAGAAAGAAAUUAUUUUAACGGCAAUUGAAAAACUCUUUUUUUCGGAUGAUAAAAAAAAUUAAUUUUUUAAGAAUUUGAAGGAGAAGCUCAUUUCCUUCAAAGAAACAAAAUCCUAUAAUAAAAAUUUUUUUUUGAAAGAAGCCCUUAAUUUGUUAAACAUAAUUGAAACAUCAACUAAAGAAAUAUAACAGCAAGAAAAUUACACAAUUCAAAAUGAUAAUUUGAUCAAAUGUUUUCAAGAUUUACUAAAAAAUCUUUUUAAAAAUUAUAAGCAGUUGAUUGAAAAACUCUAAAUUGAUUUUAAAUAGUCCACUCAAUAUCUUUAAGAAUUUAUGGCCGUCAAAUAUUAAAUUGAGGAUUUAAAUGCUGAAGUAAUUUUAAGGAUUUAAUAAUAAUUUUAAAAUGAAAAAUUAAUCAAUAGUAUAUAUCAAUUAAGAUUUGAAAUGUUAGAACAAAAGCUAAAAUUAAUGACUUUUAAGGAGUCUUUCUAAAAUAUAUUAAAAUUAGCUUAGCUUCAAGAAUUAUAAAAGUUAUAAGAAAUUAUCAAUUUAGAUUAGUUUCUUGUUGAUGUAAUUAAAAAUUAUCCAAAAAGAAUAAUUAGAUUCAACCUGCAAUCAUAAUCAGUAACUGAAUUAUAAAAUAUAUAGUAAGAAGAUUUGAAAAGUAAAUUAUCAAAUUAAAAAGGAAUGAUAGAAUAUUUGAUAUUCAAGUCAAAAAUAGAAGAGCAAAUGAAUGAAUCAGAAAGAUUAGAUUUUCAGUUGAUUGAAAAUGAAUUUGGAGAACUAUUCAUUGAAGAAUCUUAUUCUUCAUUACUCUUUCAUAAAAUUACAAACAUAAUUAAUUGUUUUAAAUUCUAGGAAACAUUAUAAAUUAUAAAAGAAUAAAACUUCAAUCAAUUUUAACUAAAAAUUGAAAAGGAAAAAUAUGAGAAUUUAGUAAAAUAAUUAAGAAAAGUAUAAGAAUCUGGAAACUAAAAUAAUAAAGAUUUCAAUUACUUUGAAUCUUUAAAAGAAAUAAUUAGAUCGAUUGAAAAUAUUAUUUAACCAUUAUAAAGUUUUCUAAAUUAAAGCAUAGAUAAUCUUUUAAAUAAGAAAAUUUUUAAAAUAAUGAUUAAGGAGAGAUUAAAUCAAUUUUAUGAUAUUUAUUCACAAUUCUAAAAAGAAUAUGAACCAAAAAAUUCGUAGAACUUUCUAGAGCAAGUACAUCCAAUAACAUUAAAUAUGUAAUAAAAUUAAAAACAGGACUCUUAAGAGGAAUUAAUAGAAAAUAAGAAUGAUUAAUUUAAACAAUCAGAAAAUAAGUAAGAAAAUUAAGACUAAGAAAAUGGAUAAGAAAUAAAAGAUAAAAAAUUAAAUAAUGAUCAAAUUGUCGAAACAAAUAAAUAAAAUAGUUUAAAUCCUGACAAAAAUAUCAAAACCUUAUAAUCUAUUCUUAAGAUUAUAAAUCUAAAUUCUAUUGAGAUAAAAGAAGAGUAAUUAUUUUUGCAAAAACUACUUUUAGAAAUAAACAAUUUUUCAAUUUAGCUAAAAUUUAUUUCGGAAUUGAAAUAAGAAGCUAAAGAAAAAAUUCGCCAAAAAUUUAUCAAGUAUUUUUAAGAUUCGAUAACCAAUUUUGAGAAAGAUCAAGAAAGUAGAAUCAUAUUGGCGAUAGAAAAGAAUGAAAAUUUGAAGAUAUAUAUGAAGAGUAUAAUUGUAGAAUAAAAAAUAUCAGAAACAAAUAGAAAUGAAAAAAAUAAUUAAGAAAAAGGUUGUUUUAAAAAAUAGAAUUUAACUAAUUUUCUGAAUAAAUUAAGAGUUGAUUUCAAAGAAAAACUAAGCUAAAGUUGUUAAUAAACAUAAAUUUAUUUUGAAUAAAAAUUUCUGAUUCAAUAAGCUUAAAAAAUAUAUUUGUUUGAUAAAUUUUAAGAACCUGUAGACGAAGAAUAAAAUUAACAAUUAGGAUUCUUUGAUUCAUUGUUAUAAAAGUAUAAAGAUUUUUAAAAUCAUGAUGAAUGGAAGAUUAAAUAAGGAUUAGUGUUUACAAUUAUUUAGAUUUCUUCUAAUUGCUUUACUGAUUAAAUAAUUUAAUUUUGUUAGAAAGCACUUAUUUAAAUUUGGACAAAAGAAAAAGAUGAGAGAGUUAGAAAUCUAUUAAAAAAUUAAGAAUUGUUAAGUAUGCAAAGUCAGAUUUUACAGAAAGAUUGGAAGACUUAACAUGAUAGAAUUGCAAGUGAAAUGUAAUAAAUGUUAAGAAAAAUUGAUGAUUUAUAAGAAUAAAUUGCAAAUGAGGCUAAUCUUAAUAAACGAGAUCAAAUGCUUUAAGAAUUAGAUGAUACAACUUUAGAACUGGAUGAGUAUAUUGAAAAUAUAAGUGAGAUGGGCUUAUAGCUUAAAUUGAUAACUGACUUUGUAAAUCAUAUCAGAAAGGGAUUAAUGAAAGUUGAGAGGAAAAUUACUUAGAUGAAAGAACAAUUAAAUAAUAUUGGUAAUGAUAUCAAAUUUCUCAAAGGAAAAUCAGUUGAUUAUUUGCUAGAAAUUAGAAAAUGGAAAGUAUUAAAAGAGGCAGCAUAAAAAAAUGUAAAUUCCAUUUAUGUACCAUUAAAGACCUAAGAAAAAGGAUAAAAUAAUUAAAGUAAUUUAAUAAAUUUAGAAUAAUUUGAUGAUAAAGAAGGUGAAGUAAAUGAGUUUUUAUUAGAAAAAUAAAAGAUUGUUUUAUUAAUACAUGGAGUAGCUGGAUCAGGAAAGAGUACCACUGCUAAAAAAAUAGAGGAAUUUAUUUGGAAAUUACAUAAUAAAAAUAUCAGAAUAAGAGAUUAGAUCCUUAUUCCUAUUUAUAUUUCUUUACCUUCUUUAAAAAAUCCAGUUAAUUAAGCCGUAGAGGAAACUCUUAAUUAAGAUGAUUAUGGUUUUGAUGAUCUUUAAUUCAGAGAAUGUAAAGAAAUGUUGGAAAGAAAAGUUUUUAGAUUUUUACUUAUAAUGGAUAGUUAUGAUGAGAUGAAGUUAGAGAACAUCUAAAAAAAUUUAUAUAUUUCUAACAAACUACUUUAAAAUUGGUCUAAUCCCCUUGUUAUUUUUACUACAAGAAGCGAAAUUUUUACCAAUAGCAAUUAUGCUGAUUGGUUUGCUACUGAAAAUAAAGAAGUAGAAUUUAAAGAAAUCUAACUUUUAUAAUUUGAUGAGAGUUAGUAAUUGAGAUAUUUAAAAAAAUUUUCUUAUUUAAGUAUUAAGAUGUUGAUUUAUGAGGUUUAUGAAAGGUAAGUUAAACUAGAAAAAGAAAGAACAGUCGAAAUUUAGAAGUUUGAGCAGAGUUGGGAUAGAUUAUAACAAUAACUACUAUUUUUAAAUGAAGAGAUUAAGGAAUCAGAAAAUCUUCUAAAUAUAAAAUAAAUAGAAAGCAUUGUUGCAUUUUUGAAAAAUGAUAAAUUUUAUAGUUAGUUAAGCAAAGAAGCGUUCAGAAGCUUGAGCAUUAAUUUACAAAAUCUUUGGAGUAUCUAAAAGUAUCAAAAAAUGAUGAGAAUGAUUAAUUUAGAUAAAUUAAUUGAAACUCCAUAUAUGAUGGAAAUAGUAGUUUAGGUAUUACCAUUGAUGUCAUUAAAGGCAGCAUAAUUUAUUAAUUUAAGAAGAACAUUUAUUAAAAAUUUCAAAAAAAGUUUUUCUGAAUUUUUUUUAAGUAAAUCCAGAAUCAAAAUUUAUCAAGAUUAAUAGAAAUAGGUAUUAAAGUAAAUUGAUAUUGUUAAAAUUUAAGAACUAUUAGAUAAAAUUGAUUAUUAGCAAUUAGCUGCUUAAAUUUGGAAUUAAAUGGAGCUGAAGCAAAUUAUUAAGGAUUUUUAAAUAACUAAUGAAAUGAAUGAGCUUAAAUAAAAGAUUCAAGAAAAUUGUUUACAGUUUUUUGAUGACAGCAAAGGUAUAGUCAAAACAUUUAAAAUUGAAAAUGAAUUUAUAAUAUAGUUAAUAUGUGAUGCUUUAAAAGAGUAAAAACUAACUAGCUAUGAUUUUUAUGAUGAAUUUAUAAGAUAAUAUCAUUUGAAAUAGAUAGAAAAAUAAAGAUAUUUAGGAAAAUCUAUCAAUGUUGAUCGUUUUCUUCAUGAUCUAUAAAAAUAUUCUAUAAAAUUAGCAAAAGAAAUGAGCAAGAAAGAGAUCACACAAGUCUAAUUUAAAUAAUAAGGAUUAUUAUAUUAAGAAAUCGAAUAGGUAGAAGAGUGGUUGGAUGAAUUUUUUAAUGAUGAUAAAAAAAAUGGAUCAUAUAAGAAAGAUAUAAGAAGCUGUUCUCUAAUUUAGCAGAAAGGUUUAAGUUUUUAAUUUGUGCACAAAUCCAUACAAGAAUUUUUAAUUGCUGCUGAUUUAUAUGAUAUUUUGGUGUUAUCAAAAGAUCUUCAGACAAGAAUAUUGAGAAAAAUAUUAGAAAUCAUGACUAAGAGGAAUCUCUCUUUUUUUCUUGAUAAUCAAAGGAUGGAAAAUAUUUAAGAUACUUACAUAGAAGAAAGUAAUUUAAAUAAUUUCUCUCCUUAUGAUAGGCAAAAAGAAAUCCGUGAGAUUGAAAUAAAUAUACAGAAACUUACAAAUCUUAUCAAAUUGAUAAAGUCACAUGAUUUUAAUAAAAUUACUUAUUCAACUGAUAACUAUGGAGAAACUAGAAAGUAUCUUAUUUAAAAAAUUUCUUCAAUAAAUGAAGUUAUUGAAUUUUUAAAGUUCUUAGUUCAGCUCACUUCAAUCGAUAGGAGGUUUAUUUAUAGUGGAUCCAAUUCUCUUAAUCUAUUGGUUGAGAUGAAAGUUGAUCUAACUUAAUAGUGUUUUUAAAAUAUCAGAAUAGAAAAUACAUCAUUAAUUGGGGCAAGUUUUGCAAAAAGUGAUUUAAGUGGUUCCCAAUUUACAAAUGUAAAAAUAAAUAGUAUAAAUUUGAAUGGAUCCUUAUUAUUGAAUUGUAAUUGGGAAAAUUUACAAAUUAAUGAGUUAAAUAAAAUAGAAGGCCAUACUAACUGUGUCUAUUCAGUGUGUUUCUCUCCUGAUGGUAAUACGUUAGCAUCAGGUAGUGAGGAUUAUUCUGUCCGUUUGUGGGAUGUAAAGACAGGAUAAUAAAAAGCCAAAUUAAAUGGUCAUAGUGAAAGUGUCCGGUCAGUAUGCUUCUCGCCAGAUGGAACUAUUUUAGGAUCUAGCAGUACUGAUUCCUCUAUUCGUUUAUGGUAUGCUUAGGAUGGAAAAUAAAAAGCCAAAUUAGAUGGUCAUAAUGGAACUGUCUGGUCUAUAUGUUUCUCACCAGAUGGAACUACUUUAGCAUCUGGUAGUACUGAUUAUUCUAUUCGUUUAUGGGAUGUUAAGACAGAAAAUUAAAAAGCCAUAUUUGAAGGACAUAAUAGUACUGUCUAUUCAGUAUGCUUCUCACCAGAUGGAUCUACUUUAGCAUCUGGUGGUGGUGAAAACAUAAUUUUAUUUUAUUUAAAUUAUUAACCGGAAUAGUAGUUGGAAAGUAGUCAUAAUGGUAAGGUAAAUUCAGUAAGCUUCUCACCAGAUGGAAAUAUACUAGCCUCUGGUAGUGAAGAUAAUACAAUAAUUUUAUGGGAUGUAAAAUCAUUAAUAAUAAUUAAAAAAUUAGAAGGUCAAAAUUGCCCUGUUCAAUCCAUAUGCUUCUCGCCGGAUGGCACUACACUAGCCUCUGGUAGUCUGGAUGAUUCUAUUCGUUUAUGGAAUGUAAAAUCAGGAAAAGAAAAGAAAAGAUUAGAAGGUCAUAAUAAUUCAGUUUAUUCUGUAUGCUACUCCCCUGAUGAUACUAUAUUAGCAUCUUGCAGUCGAGAUUUUUCAAUUCGUUUAUGGGAUAUAAAAUCAGAACAGGACAAGAAUAGAUAAGAAGGUCAUUUAAAUUGGGUCUGGUCAGUAUGUUUUUCUCCUGAUGGUUUUACAUUAGCAUCUGGUAGUCGUGAUAAUUCUAUUCGCUUAUGGGAUGUAAAGUCAGGAAAAGAAAAGAAGUAAUUAGAAGGUCAUUAUGGUUCUAUUUGGUCAGUAUGUUUCUCUUCUGAUGGAACUCUACUGGCAUCAUGUGGCGGAGAUAAUACCAUUCGAUUAUGGGAUGUAAAAUCAGGACAAUAAAUGAACAAAUUAUAAGGCCAUUAAAAAUGGGUUUGGACAAUAUGCUUUUAGGUUGAUAAUCAUUCUAUAGCAUCAGGAAGUGAAGAUAAUACUAUAAUUAUAUGGGAUGCAAGUUCUGGGUAAGAACUGAAAAAAUUAGUUGGACAUACUGAUUGGGUCAUGUCGGUCUCAUUUUCUCCUGAUGGUUCAAUAUUGGCAUCUGGUAGUAGAGAUAAUUCUAUUCGCUUAUGGGAUGCAAAAUCAAACUCAUGGGAAGUAUUAAAAGUGUUAUAAAGCCAUAAAGGUUCUAUCUACUCUGUAUGUUUUUCUCCUGAUUCUAGUUAAAUUGCAUCUGGUAGUGAGGAUAAAAUUAUAAUUUUAUGGGGUGUAAGUUCUGGGCAAGAACUGAAAAAAUUAGUUGGACAUACUAAUUGGGUCAUGUCGGUCUCAUUUUCUCCUGAUGGUUCAAUAUUGGCAUCUGGUAGUAGAGAUAAUUCUAUUCGCUUAUGGUAUGUAAAAUCAGGAAAAGAAAUAAAAAAAUUGGAAGGUCACAAUAAUUCAGUUUAAUCAGUUUGCUUCUCUUCAGAUGGUAUUACUUUAGCGUCUGGAAGUGGAGAUAAUUCUAUUCGUAUAUGGGAUGUGAGUUCAAGCCAAGAAAAGGAAAUCAUGGAGCUACAUCCAAACUCAUUCUGGUAAUUGUCUUUUUCUCCUGAUGAUACUACUCUAGCAUCUAAUAGUGGAAAUUAUUCAAUAUGUAUAUGGAAUUUAAAAACAGGAGAACAGAUGAAUUAAUUAAAAGGUCAUACAAAUCAAAUUUUACAAGUGUGCUUCUCUCAUGAUACUUCUAUUUUAGCAUCUGCUAGUCUGGAUAAUACUCUUCUUAUAUGGAAUUUGCAAUCACAAUAAAUAAUUAAGAAAUUAGAUAGUUCUAUAAAUUUGUACUGUACUUUAUGCUUUUCUCCAAAUGUUACUUUAUUAGCAUCUGCAAGCCAAGACAAUUGUAUUCAUUUGUGGGACAUAUCUCAAGAUUAUAAAAUAAUUUAAUCAUUUUAGCAUUAAAAUUAGAUUUUAUCAAUUAGCUUUUCACCUGAUGGUUCGAAAUUAGCUUCUGGAUGUAGGGAUUAUAUUAUACGACUCUGGAAUUUGAAUUCUGGAAAAUUAGAUAGGGAAUUAGAAAGUCAAAAUGGUCCUGCAUAUUCAGUUUGUUUUUCUAAAGAUAGCAUGAAAUUAUAGGCGAGUUGUUGGGAUAAUUCUUUUUUGAAAUGGAAUGUGAAUUCAGGUAAGUAAAUUGACGAAGAAUUCCAGACAGAGUUUAGUAAUCAAUUAAACGAAAAUUCAUAAGGUAAAUAUUUAUUUAUUCAAAAUUAAGAAAUGCUAACAAAAGUUCGUAUUUCUCAAAAAGAUAAGUUUGAGGCAAAUGGUACUAAAAUUUUGAAAGGUAAGUUUAUUAAUCAUUUGGGAAUGGAUCUAAGAAAACUAUUUCAAUAAAAAGGAAGUAUCAUUCUAGAAGAUAAAAAGAAAUAAGAGGACGAGUUGAAAAAUUAAAAAAAUUGA